UUUUCAGCAUUGUAAUCGCAUUCGUAAAGAAGCCUACAACAAUCGGAGACAUAAGCAAGACAGUUGUACUGCUCAGUUUGAAUUGCAUUAAAUAAGUUUAAGCAUAUGCAUUUUUACUUUUUAAUAUUUCGCGAAAAUAAUAUUUGUAAGGCAUAUUAGAAAAAUGUUGCAUUUUCUUAGUAACCAGCAAAUAAAUGGCAAAAAAGUAGGCAAUGCACGAAUAAAAAUGACUCAAUCGCCAGACAAUACGCCAUUGGAAAAUUAUGUGAUCGAAAAAUCGGCUCGCGGCCGUUUAACUAAACAAGUGGUCGAUGAAUUUGUUCAAGCACAACGCAAUCGAAUUGAUGAAAUGAAUGCGGCAUUUUGGACGCUGGAAAAUACGCAAAAUAUGAAGCACUCAAUAUUCAUUAAUGCCAAAAUUGAGAAUGUCGUAUCGCCUCGGGAAUUCUAUAUUGUUCAGGUCCAUGAUCUGAAGCAUCGAAAUGAAUUCCAAAACGUACUGAAUGAAUGCUAUGAAGACGACUUUGAACCGAUUGACAAGCUUAGGGCCAAAGAUCUAUGUGUUACAUUGUACAAUGACAAUUGGUGUCGAGCCGAGGUUAUUGAAAUUCUACCUGGCUCCAUGUGCAAAAGACGAUUCGUUAUUUAUCUUUUGGAUUAUGGCCACACAAUUCGUACAAAGAUGAGAAAAUUGUUCAUGUUAAAGCAACCACACCAUUCGAUUGCACCAUUUGCCGUUAAAUGUCAUUUGUCUGUAUUGAACGUUGAAGAAAUUGAAAUCUACGAUGAUUUAAAACAUUCACUGACAGAAAAGUUUAAACGCAUUUCGGAAACAACACCCCGAGUGGCACUCUAUCUGAAUCGACCAAAUAAAGACAAUCAAGAUAGUUAUGAUGUGAUGUUGCUGUCAGAGGCUUCAUGCACUUCAGGCGCUUACUUAAUUCAUGAAGAUUAUGGUGCGUUUUCUAGCGCAAAUAUACAACUCGAUCAUGAAAUAUGUGAAAAAUGGGUUGAAAAUAUUCAGCAGAUCGUAACGGAUUGCAGCCACUCUAGUGAUACCAAGAAUUGUCAAGUUUUCAUAACUCACAUCGUUGGCCCGACGGAAAUUUACGUUCAAUGCAAGAAAGCGCAUGUAUUUGCAAAAGAAAUACGCAAAAAAAUUGAUGCAUACAUUAAUUCCCAUGAAUAUUACGAAAAGGUAACAGACUGGUCGAUUGAAAACAAUUGCUUUGUUCGAUUACAAAAUUGGAAGGUAAAAAGUAAUUUAAAGCAAUGGUACCGAGGCAAAAUCGUAAAAGAAAAUUUUGAAAAACGUACGUUCACUGUCUUUCUACGUGACUAUGGCGUGUCAACAGAAGCAGACGACAUUGACAUGAGGCCGAUGCCUUUGCAGUUUGCUGCACCCGAAAAUGCUGUUCAGCGCUGUAGCCUGCAUAUUUCUGAUGUCUGGCUUGAAUCGAACGCAAAAACUUUGCGCAAAAUUGUCGAAGAAUAUCAAUAUUUUGCCAUUUCAUGUAGCUCCAAUACGGAAUCGUGCCUAAAUGUAGCACUGUGGGCAACUAACUCAGUGCCAAACAUCAAAGAACUCGAAAUAUGGGAUAAUAUUGGUUUGAGGCUUAUUAGCCAAUCGAUUCAAGAAUCGAUGAAGCCAUUCAUCACCAAGACUCAAUUUCGUUACGACAGAUACAAAUAUCGUUCCGAUGACAGCACCGAUAGCACGGACAGCGAUGAAUCAUACUCAGAAGAGUAUGAACUUUUAAGAAAUUUGAUUGAUGAUCCCAUCAAAAGCAGUCCUGCCGCCUCUACCGAUAGCGCUGAAAAUGACGAAUGCGCUAGCGAUGACAUCGCAUACGAUCAAGAAUCGAUAGUCUACCGUUGGCAACCGCCAAUUCCGGUGGAUCGUCAAACAUUUCAUGGAUUUGUAACACAUGUCACUGGAAAGGGAAUUAUUUACAUUCAAGAAGAUUCGUUCAUCGAUAUAGCAUUGGAACUGAGCCAAGGAAUUUCACGUUACAUUCAAAUAAUACAAAAGAGCUACACAAAAAAACGAAAUCAUAUUUUUAAAGAAAAUGACACAUGCUUUGCUUCACUCGAUUUCAACACUUUUCAACGCGCUGUUAUUAAGAAAAUCAAUCGAGAAAACGGAACGUGUUUGAUUAAAUUUGUCGAUUAUGGCUACAAAGUCAUUAUGGACUUGGAUGGUUUGUAUCCGGCAACACGAUUCGGUGACAUUCCAAUUUUAGUAAAUCGCGUGUAUGUGCCAAAACUAGUUCCUGGCGACGAAAAUGGUAAAUGGCAUCAAAUUGUUUUGAAUGAAUUCAGAUCACGAUUGAUCAACGAGAUGUGCGAGGUUCGCAUUGAAGGCAAUUAUCAGAUCAACAACAUUUUACCAUGCUCAAUUGAGCCGGACACGCUUCCAUGUGACAUUUACAAAUGGAUUUUGAAAAAGAAACUUGGUUAUAUUCCAAACACACCCGGUGCCGGUCUAAAUGACGACGGCGAAUUUUUAUACGUUUGAUAACGAACAUUUAUAUUAUGUAUGUUUGAACUAAUACUGUACUCACAGCUAAUGUUAGUUUUUGUCUCAUUUUUGUCCAAAAAAAUAUUCGAAAAGUAUGAAUAAACAAGACUGUGUAAACUGUAUUAAU